AGCGAGUCACCUGUAACACCAAGCUCAAGCUCAGGACCAAACCCGCUCAGCUGUUGACACGCACGCAACGUCUUCGUGUCAAACCGCUCGUGUCCUGCCGCCCCCCCCCGUGUCCUAUCCGUGUCCUACCCGUGUCCUGCGGCCGCCACGGGGUUAAAAUGUGGUCCAUCUUCUCGCGGGACCCCAGCAGCAGCUUUCCCUACGAGCUGGGGGAGCCACUGGGGCCUGAGGACGGCAGGAGUAUAUGGAGACUGCAGAAGGGGAAGAAGAAGCAAAAUGGUGAGGAGGUGAGCAUCUUCGUGUGUGGCAGUGGGAAGGAGGCGAACCCAGCACAUGUUGAGGCAGCCAAGGCAGCCGUCAAGAGGCUCAAGACGCUGCGCCACCCCUGCGUCCUCACCUACAUUGACAGCCUGGAGAGCGACAAGCAGGUGCAGCUGGUCACCGAGCCCGUCAGUCCCUUGCUCACCUGGCUCAGUGAAAGUGCUCUCAGCCCUGCCCAGCGAUCCUCGGCCAUUGCCUGGGGGCUGCUGCAGGUCACGAAGGGGCUCAGCUUCCUGAACAAUGAGGGCGGGCUGACGCACCACAACGUGUGUGCCGGCAGUGUGUUCGUGACAGCAGGGGGGGAGUGGAAGCUGGGGGGCGUGGAGUACUGCUGUAGCACGGACCAUGUCGCCUUCCCCUCCAAGCCACUCCCCGCCCUCGAUGUGUAUAACCCCCCAGAACGCUAUGACCCCAGCAAACAGCACAACAUGUCAAAAUGGGCAGCAGACAUGUGGGGGCUGGGCUGCCUGGUGUGGGAGACCUUCAGCGGCCCCCUCGACCAGUCCGCCUCACUCAGGAACACUGCAAAGAUCCCCAAAUCCCUGGUGCCCACAUACACCCGGUUGGUGGGCGCCUCUCCCGGCUCACGCCCCAACCCGCGGGAGGUGCUGUCCACCCUACGCCAGCCCGGGCAGUUCUUCCACAAUGACCUGGUGGAGACACUCACCUUCCUGGAUGAGAUACAGAUAAAGGAUUCCAAUGAGAGACACAGGUUCUUCUCACAGCUGGCGGGGCGUCUGGACAGCAUCCCGCAGUGUGUGGCUGUGAACAAGGUCUUGCCGGCUCUGCUUUCUGCUCACGAGUUCUCCAACGCUGGCUCCGCUGUGCUCGCCCCUCUAUUCAAGAUCGGGCAGCUGCUGGGGGAGGCUGAGUACCAGCAGCAGAUCGUCCCGUGUGUGGUGCGGCUGUUCUCCUCCAGCGACAGAGCCACCCGACUGCGCCUUCUCCAACAAGCCGGAGAUCUGGCACCGCACAUUGACCCCGCCACCCUCAAUUCUCAGGUCUUCCCUCACCUCGCCUCAGGGUUCCUCGACACCAACCCCACCAUCAGGGAAAACACGGUGAAGUCCAUCCGUUUUUUCGGGCCGAAGCUCAACUACCAGAACCUUAACGUGGAGGUGCUCAAACACUUCGCUCGGCUGCAGGCCAAGGACGAGCAGGGUGGAAUCCGCACCAACACCACGGUCUGCCUGGGAAAGGUGGCCAGCUACCUCCACCCCGAUGUCCGACAGAAGUGCCUAGUGUCCGCCUUCCUCAGAGCCACCCGCGACCCCUUCCCUCCUGCGCGGAUAGCCGGUGUGCUCGCCCUGGCCGCCACACAGCAGUUUUACGCCCUCCAGGAUGUGGCUAAUAAGAUCCUGCCCAGUCUGUGUGUGCUGACGCUUGACCCCGAGAAGAAUGUGCGGGAUGCUGUCUUCAAGGUGCUCAAGGGGUUCCUCAGCAAGGUGGAGAAGGUGUCCGAAGAUCCGUCACUCAAGGAACAGAUGGAGGCUGAGGUGCGGCAGGCCAGCUCCAGCAGUCAACCAUCCUCCUGGGCGGGCUGGGCAGUGGGUGCUAUAACUUCAAAGUUCUACAAGGGCGGCCCCACCACCUCCGGCAACCCCUCGGCUCCCUCCACGCCCACACCAACGGGCUCCAAUAAGAACCCUCCCUCCUCCCCGACCCCCUCCUCCGGCAGCCACACCCCCUCCACCGUCACCUCCAGUAUGGCCCCCACCCCCUCCCCAGACCUGGCGGGGAGGGGGGCGGCUGAGGAGGAGGAAGAGGAGGUUGAGGACAGCUGGGACACAACAGAAUGGGGCUCCCUGGAGGAGUGUGAGGAGACCGAGGGCAGUGGGGGAGACCUAGCAGUAGGGGGGGAGGCUGGCGGGGGGGGCUGGGAGGACGCUGAGGACUGGAUUGGCCUUGGCGGUGGCUUCGGCAGCACCACAAGCAACCAGCAGCAUCAACUAGGAGGAGGUGGAGGAGGAGGACUAGGGAGCCUGGAUUCAGCCUUCUCGUCCCUCUCCACGUCCACCUCUGUCAAACCUUCCAACCCUCCGAGACAACCCCAACAGCUGUCACUGGAUGAUGCAAACAGCUUCUUCAACUCCCUCACUCCGAGUUCCGGCAGCAAGGUGGGCGCCUCUCGUCUUGGCCCUGCUGCUGCUCCCCCCUCAGCCAAGCCCUCGUCUAACCUCGGAGGAUGGGACGAGUGGGGUCAGGAAGGUGCCAUGCUAGCCCAAGGUCCCAGCAGCAGCAGCGGUAAGGGGGAUGAGGCAAGGCAGCAGAGGGAGGAGAGGAGACAGCAGCGACAGAGGGAGAUCGAGGCAAAGAGAGCGGCACGUGCUGGCCCCAUGAAGCUGGGUGCCAAGCGGAUAUAAGCUAAGAGUAGGCACUAGGGAGCAAGGAGGGUCAGGAAGGCAGGGAAUUGUACAUGUUAAAAGGUUGGAAGGGUUAGCAAGGAGAAACUAAAUGCGGAGGAUCAGGGAGGCAGGGAAUUUACAUGUUAAAAGUCUGGAAGGGUUAGCAUGGAGGAAUUUAUGUGGAGAAUGAGGUGUGAACUAACAUGGAGAGGGAGGUGUGAAUGAUUAGGUAUGGAUGGAAGGGGUGCAAAAGAAGGGAUAGAGAAGGUGGGGAAUGGUUGGAUGAGUCUCUUAAGAAUAGGGAAGGGAAAAGGAGGAGGUAUGGAAGAUAAAGAAAGGAAAGAAAAGGAGGAAAAAGAUAUAGAGUAGAUAGGAGAAGAUUGGGAGGGCCUAUUAAGAACAUGGAACAGAAAGAAGGAAAGAAACCAACAGUAAACAGAGUAGAGGAAGCAUGGAAGAGAAAGAAAGGGAAGGAAAGAAAGGGAUAAGGAGGGGAAAGGUAUACAGUAGAUAGGAGAAGGCAGCUGGAAGGUACAUGAAAGAACACAGAAAGAAAAAAAAGACAUGGUGGACUGGGACGGAGUGAAGUCAUAGGAAAAGAAGGUGAGGUUAUAGGGAGAGGAAAUGCAAGGUAGAAAGGCAAUAGGAAGAGAAGGUGAGGUUUGAGGGAGAGGAAAUACAAGGUAGAAAGGCAAUAGGAAGAGAAGGUGAGGUUUGAGGGAGAGGAAAUACAAGGUAGAAAAGCAUUAGGAAGAGAAGGUGAGGUUUUAGGGAGAGGAAAUACAAGGUAGAAAAGAAAUAGGAAGAGAAGGUGAGGUUUGAGGGAGAGGAAAUACAAGGUAGAAAAGCAUUAGGAAGAGAAGGUGAGGUUUUAGGGAGAGGAAAUACAAGGUAGAAAAGCAAUAGGAAGAGAAGAUGGGGUUUGAGGGAGAGCAAAGAGGAGAUAGAAAAUGGAAUACCCAAAGAUAAGGGAUUUUAGGGGAGACCAUAUGAUAUUAACCGAGACAAAAAGAAACAUAAAUAAAGCAGUUAUACCCUAGAAAAGAAACGACAGCUACAUAGAAACAUAAUAUUAGAAAAUGCAUAGAAAAUAAUUACAUUCAGGAUUAUUAAAAAAGGAGACAUUGAUUUACGUAUAACCGAUCAAAGCCAAAAAAGUUAACUAAAUAGAAAAUGGAAGGUAGAGUGAUCGAAAUAGUUGAGUUAUUCCAAAAAAUACUUCGUUGUUGUUUAUUUAGUGAUCCGUGUGUUUGUUUGUGUGUGUGUGUGCAUAUGUGUGUGUUUGUGUUGUCGCCGCUUACGUUUAGGAGUUUUUCAAGCAUGCGAAGGAGUUUUAUUUAGAUUUUGUUCGGAAGGAAGAUUGAAGUUUUGAGAGGAGAUGUUAAGUGAGGAGUGACUGGCCUGUUUUUUUUUUUUUAUUAUUUUUUGUUUAUAUAUAUGCAGUGCUUCCUCUUGCAUAAUUUUGACAUUGUUUUUCUUCUUUAUUUGAUUCUCUUUUUUCCUUCUAUUUCCUCUACUUAUUUUCUUGUUCUCCUUUUCUUCUUGUUCUUCCUUUUUCUUCUUCAUCUCCAUCUUCGUCUUCCUUCCUUUUUUCAGUCUUCUUUUCGUCUCUUUCCUCUUCUUCCUCUUUCUCAUAAUCAUCAUCAUCAUCAUUAUUAUUGUUGUCUGUUGUCAAGAAUUCAUGACUUUGUAUCUUUUGCACUUUUCAUAACAUUGUUCGCCCUAUUUUUUAAACCCACUUGCAUUUAUAGAAGUAAUUUAUUUCUCACUGUGUAUUAUGGAGUUUGCUCGGCUUAACAUUCUCCUCUUGCUAAACUCAAUGAACCAAAGACAGCAGACUCCUACCACUUACAUACUCCUGAAGCCCGCAUUCUUAAACACAUCGACGCCUCAGAACGCCUAUUUGAAAAGCCGCUUGUGGAAGUUGUUGGGAUUUUCAUGGACUGCUUUGUGAUGCCAGUGAUAGGUUUCCAUGACUUCUGUACCAUGAUCAGGAGAGGACACCUAAGAAAACCUGGUUAAUCCUUUCUUGAGCCUUGGAAAAUAGUCGUAGAUAGCCUGAUACGUUUAGGAAUAGGGAUCCUGAGCCUUAGUUUAGCGUUUUUUUUGUUUCUUCGCUUGCUCAGCUUAACAUUCUCCUCUUGCUAAACUUAAUGAACCAAAGACAGCAGACUCCUACCACUAACAUUCUCCUGAAGCCCGCAUUCUUAAACACAUCAACGCCUCAGAACGCCUGUUUGAAAAGGAGCUUGUAGAAGUUGCCUUAGUAUAGCAAGCUGUUUGUUUUUCUUCUUUUUUUUAUAUAUGCCCUUUAGUUGUUUCUGUUACUAUAAAAGAAAAAAAGAGGUACAUUGUUUUCUGUGCUGCCUUAGGAUAUAUAUUGAUAAUUCUCCACAGCCUUAGUAUAGCGAGCCUUUUGUUUGAUUUUUUGUCCUUUUUUAUACUAUUCUGUUUAUCUUUUGCCCUUGAGAUGCUUCCGUUACUGCAAAACGAAAGAGAAGCACGUAUUUUCUGCUCCUCGUAUGAAUAUAUAUUGUUAAUUCUCCAGAGCCUUAGUACAGCGAGCCUUUUUUUUGUCUUCGUUCUAUAUUAUUUAUUUUUUGCCAUUGAGAUGCUUCCGUUACUGCACAAGAAAAGAAAAGCACGUUAUUUUCUGCUCUCUGUCAGGAUAUAUAUUAGUAAUUCCCCACAACCUUAAUAUAGCGAGCCUUUUGUUUGAUUUUUUGUCCUUUUUCAAUCUGUUCUAUUUAUUUUUUGCCGUUGAGAUGCUUCCGUUACUGAAAAAAAAAAGAGAAGCAUGUUAUUUUCUGCUCUCUGUCAGGAUAUAUAUUAGUAAUUCCCAACAGCCUUAAUAUAGCGAGCCUUUUGUUUGAUUUUUUGUCCUUUUUCAUUCUGUUCUAUUUAUUUUUUGCCGUUGAGAUGCUUCCGUUACUGAAAAAAAAAAGAGAAGCAUGUUAUUUUCUGCGCUUCGUCAGGAUAUAUGUUGAUGAUUCCCCACAGCCUUAGUAUAGCAAGCUUUCUGUUUUUCUAUUUUAUUAUUUUUUUCCCUUGAGCUGUUUCCGCUACCGUAGAAAAGAGGGAGGGUACGUACGUUGUUUUACGCUCUUCGUCAGGAUAUAUAUAAACAACGCUGAUUACUAUUGCAUGUGAAAGAAACACCACACGCCUUGACUCGGCAGAAUAACUUAACCGCAACGCUGCUGGCCGGCAAACACGAGUCCAGCAUGCGAUGAAGCCGUGGUGAAUUACGCGUUUUGCAAUAAGGACAAUCUGAUAUCAAUAAUUUUCAGUAUUUGAGGAUGAAAAGCAAUAUUAGGUUCCUAGAUAUUGGUGCAGUGUGUGUGUGUUUGUGUGUGUGUGUGUGUGUGUGACGACUGUACUUAUAUUAUUAUUUUAUUUUGAUUGGAAGAGGUGGGGUGACUUAAUUCAUUCAUACUGACAUAUAUUAAAAUGAGCCUAAGAGAGUCUGUCUGUGAUGCAGGAAUAGUGAAGGAGAGCUUAAGAGUGUGUGUGUAUUUGUGUGUGUGUGUGUGUGUGUGUGUGUGUCGAGUUUACAUAAUAUAUAUAGUUUAUGCAUUCUAAGGAUGAAGCCAUUUUGUACAUUGUGUAUAUUCAUUAUAUUUUAUAUCUAAUAAAGAAAAGCACGUAA